UGUAUUUAAAGCGCGACAGCAUGGCACACGGAAUAGUAAAACAGGAGUCUGUCGACUGGGAAAUGCACAAGUCAGAAGACAAAAAUAAGACCUUUGUUUUCACAAAGAAGAGGGGCUACGAUGUCACACGUAACCCCCACCUGAACAAGGGCAUGGCCUUCUCCCUGGAGGAGAGGCUGCAGUUGGGCAUUCACGGCCUGCUCCCCCCCUGCUUCCUCAGCCAGGACGUCCAGCUGAUGCGGGUCCUCAGGAACUACGAGAUGAAGAAGGAUGAUCUGGACAGAUAUGUCUUCCUGAUGGGACUGCAGGACCGUAACGAGAAGCUGUUCUACAGGGUCCUGACCUCGGACAUCGAGCGUUUCAUGCCUAUCGUUUACACUCCUACAGUCGGGCUGGCCUGCCAGCAGUACGGACUCGCCUUCAGGAGACCCAGAGGGCUGUUUAUCACGAUUCAUGACCGCUCCCACAUCUCCACUCUGCUGCAGAGCUGGCCGGAGAAGGACGUACGGGCCGUUGUGGUGACAGACGGAGAGCGGAUUCUUGGUCUCGGGGACCUGGGUUGUUAUGGCAUGGGCAUACCAGUGGGCAAGCUGGCGCUCUACACAGCCUGUGGAGGAGUGUCACCCCAACUGUGUCUGCCAGUCAUGCUGGAUGUGGGCACCGACAACCAGGAGCUCCUGAAGGACCCUCUCUACAUCGGACUCCGGCACAAAAGAAUCAGGGGCCAGGCCUACGAUGACCUGCUAGAUGAGUUCAUGAAGGCUGUGACUGACAGAUAUGGGAUGGACUGUCUGAUCCAGUUUGAAGACUUUGCCAACACCAAUGCCUUCCGUCUGCUCCACAAGUAUCGUAACAUGUACUGCACCUUCAACGACGAUAUUCAAGGUACAGCCGCAGUGGCAGUCGCUGGCCUCCUGGCUGCUCUCCGCAUCACCAAGAGUAUGAUGGUGGACCACACCAUAGUGUUCCAGGGUGCCGGGGAGGCUGCGAUGGGAAUCGCUGAACUCAUCACCAUGGCGAUGGAGAAGGAAGGAAUCACAAAGGAGCAGGCCCUUGGAAAGAUCUGGAUGGUUGACUCCAAGGGACUCAUUGUCAAGGGACGGGAUCAUCUGACACACGAGAAGGAGCGCUUUGCCCACGACCACCCUCAGGUGAACAAGCUGGAAGAUGUGGUGCGGAAACUGCGGCCCACUGCAAUUAUAGGGGUGGCAGCUGUGGCUGGUGCCUUCACAGAGCAGAUCAUCAGAGAUAUGGCAUCCUUCAAUGAGCGGCCAAUCAUCUUCGCCCUCAGCAACCCCACCAGCAAAGCUGAGUGCACUGCAGAGCAGUGCUACACUCUGACCGAGGGGCGGGGUAUCUUUGCCAGCGGGAGUCCGUUUGACCCCGUGACCCUUCCUGACGGGCGGCGGUUUUACCCUGGUCAGGGUAAUAAUGCCUAUGUGUUCCCUGGGGUGGGCCUCGGAGUGACUGCGUGUGGCAUCCGACACAUCAGCGAAGAGAUCUUCCUCAUUUCUGCUGAGACCAUCGCUUCUCUGGUGACAGACCAGGACCUGGCUGAGGGGCGGCUGUACCCCCCUCUCCGUUCCAUCCAGGAAGUGUCCCUCAGGCUGGCGGUGAAGAUUGUGAAGUAUGCAUAUGUGCACAACAUAGCAGUGCUGACCCCAGAGCCAAAGGACAAGGAGGACUUUAUCCGAUCUCGGAUCUACAGCAUGGACUAUGACCAGUUUGCCGCGGACUCUUACUGCUGGCCGGAGGAAGCCAUGUGCGUGCAGUCCUGCAAAUUGUGACCCUGCAGGAGGGGGCACAAGGACAUGGGUGUUAGGGACAGGGGUAGGCCAGUGAGGAGUGGGAGGGAUCUUUGACAGGACACAGAAAUUAUCUUUCUUUAUUAAAUUAUCCAUGUUCACUUCAUGCAAGUUUGAAUAGUAGAGAAUAUUUUGAAAGUAAAACCAAGAGAGUAAAACCAAAUAAAAAUGUGUGAAAUCAAAAUAAAUUAUUUAAAUGUAUA